GCGACAGAAUCGGAUCCAUCCGAGGGGGCCCGCCAGAAUUUGGCCAAGCUGGCCGAGUCUGCUCGCUGCCUUGAUGCCGGCGAUGCUGCAGGAGCUCUGCAGACCAUUGAGGAACUCACCGGUGAUUGUGGGCGAGUGGCACAGCCUUGGGCGCAGCGACUGCGUCAAGCUCUGAUCGUUCAGCAGACUCUUCGGGCGCUGUGCGCGAAGGCUGAGUGCCUGAACGCGUCCUUGCCUCACGGCGGCCGGUAG